AUGGCAGGUAGACUACCAAGAAGGAUCUUAAAGGAAACUGAAAGGUUGCUUAAUGAACCUGUUCCUGGAAUUAAAGCUCUUCCUGAUGAGCAAAAUGCCCGAUACUUUCACGUUGAAGUGAACGGUCCAAAAGAUUCACCCUUUGAAGGAGGAUGUUUCAAGUUAGAACUUUUUCUACCAGAAGAUUACCCUAUGGCUGCACCAAAAGUCCGAUUUGUAACCAGAAUUUAUCAUCCUAAUAUUGACAAAUUAGGCCGUAUAUGCUUAGAUAUUUUGAAAGAUAAAUGGAGUCCAGCAUUACAAAUUCGUACCGUGUUGCUAUCAAUUCAGGCUUUACUUAGUGCUCCAAACCCUGAUGAUCCUCUAGCCAACGAUGUAGCAGAGUUAUGGAAAUCGGACGAAGUGCGUGCCAUCGAAACUGCCAAGACAUGGACACGACUAUAUGCUUUUAGCGAGGGUGUGAAAAGCUAACUGAUAGGUCCUCGAUAGUAAUCAAGCAAGAAAGGAAGUAACAGAAAAAGUGUAACUAAUAACUGUUAUAGCCACUUUCCGAUCGUAAACUAUUCUUCGACCGAAUGUAUAAAACAAUUACUUGUUUCAAUAAUUAAAUCCUUGUCAGUUUUGCUUAUAUUAAAUGUUAGGUUUUCUUGUACUAUUAUAUUGACAAUACUUCAUUGGUCACAGGUUACAAUCAAUCAGCUUUCAUGACCAGCAUAUAUCCGAACGUGAAUGUCGCGUUCUUAGUAGUUAUGACAGAUAGCAAUUUUAUGAUAACUUUGUUACGUUACUGAUUUCAUUCACCAUCACAUCAACCACAUUUUG